CGCCCCUCACUUGCCGGCUGUCCUUCCUCCGCUGCUUCAGGCCCUUGAGGAUCGCGACAAGGAUAUCUCACGGCAAGCGAAACACUGUGCGGAGCUCGCAGCCAACACUCCCAUGCUGUGCAGGAACAUCUUGCCGCUGCUCCUGAGCUCGGUUUACAGCGUAGGGAAGUCCACGUCAUGGCACGUGCGGGCGGCGAUGCUGCCGUUCCUUCAGAUCGUGACGUUCAGGCAUCAGUUUCUGAUUAACGAGGAAGACUUUUGGAACAUCCGCGAGCUCAUGGUCUUCCUCCUGCAAGACUCACAGGUCGAGGUCAGAGAGACGGCCUGCAGCGCCAUCUCUGUCCUCGUCCGCAUGUCCGGCGAGGAGACCGCGUUGGAGCUCAAGCAGAGCUUCUACCUCUGGGCGGACUCGAAGAUUCCGACCGCAAGCCAGGCGACCAAGACGGAUGGCGGCAGCGCCGUCAGCGACGCUCUGCUGAAACGGCAUGCGGGGGUGCUGGGGUUGGCGGCGCUAGUGGGUGCGUAUCCCUACGACGUCCCUGAGUGGAUGCCCGAGGUUCUGGUCAGGCUCGCCACCCACGUGUUGGAUCCGAUGCCCAUCCGGCAGACCGUCCGCAAGAUUUUCGGAGAAUUUUGGCGGACUCACCAGGACAGCUGGCCAGUUCUCAAGUGCAAGUUCGACGAGCAGCAGCUCUCGACGCUGACCAACCUCCUCGUUGCUCCCACCUACUUCUCAUAACCUCCUACCUCGUACGCUUCAUAAACCUCAGCGGCAAAC